AUGUCGUCUUCUUUGCGCCGCAUCGCUGUUGCAGCAUCUAGAAAUACUCCAUUACAUAUCACCAGUGUCACUGCCAGCCGCUUAGAAGCAGCGAGCUUCACAACCCUCUCCCGACGGCGGCAGUCUCCUCUUACAAGUCGUCACAUCUCCAGUUCUUCCCAACUACCUCACCACCCACCAAGUUCGAGAGCAUUUCACACACCCCGAACCCUUCAGUCAAAAUUCACCUACGGAAUUGCGGCAUCCUUCACAGCUAAAGAUCGCCGCUACAACCCAGAAACGAAUGUUUUCAAUUUCAACCCUCACAACCCCAUCCGCGCGCGACGAAAAGACAAGUCUACGCGGCCAGGUAGUGGGCAGGAUGCCUUCUUCGUCAGCCAUGUGGGGGAUAGCGCGGACACUGCAUUUGGGAUCGCAGAUGGGGUUGGAGGAUGGGUAGAUUCCGGCGUGGACCCAGCGGAUUUCGCUCACGGGUUCUGCGAUUACAUGGCUCACGCGGCAUACACAUACAAGCCAGGGGAAUGGGAUCCGCCGAUAGGUGCUAGGAGUCUUAUGCAAAGAGGCUACGAGAGUAUAUGCAAGGAUCCUUCAGUUCCGGCUGGGGGGAGUACGGCUUGUGUGGCUAUUGCAAAGGAGAGUGGGAGUCUUGAGGUUGCGAAUCUAGGAGACUCGGGGUUCGUGCAGUUGAGGCUUAAUGCAGUACAUAAUUAUUCGGAGCCUCAGACGCAUGCUUUUAAUACGCCAUAUCAGUUAUCCGUUGUUCCGCCCAAGAUUCUUGCCCAGGCGGCUGCUUUUGGAGGAACGCAGCUUUGCGAUAUGCCCAAGGAUGCUCAUGUCUCGCAGCACUCGUUACGGCAUGGCGACGUGUUGGUGUUUGCCAGCGAUGGAGUGUGGGACAAUCUAUCGAGUCAAUCGAUUCUGAAGAUCGUGUCGAAAAUAAUGGUUGGAGCCAGGGCUUGGGUACAUACCGAGAAGGGAAUAAUAGUCGGAGACGGUUUGCACAAUUUUAUCAUCGCUGAUGAUGGGACGAGCGGGGCUAAAGAGAUCCCAAGUCUGCAGAGCUUCGUGGCUGUAGGCAUCACGCAUGAAGCCAAAGCGGCCAGUGUCAACACGAAGCUGGAUGGGCCAUUCGCCAAGGAAGUCCAGAGAGAGUACCCGCACGAGAACUGGCAUGGUGGGAAGGUAGAUGACAUCUGCGUCGUGGUAGCAAUUGUGUGCGAAGAAGAAAAGUAG